CGCUGGCUUCGUCGCAUCAUAGACGGCAUCCACAGAUAGGACCUCGAGGUGGAGACCCGCGACUGCUCUCGACUCGGAUCCUCCUCGGCUUCCGGGGGGAUGCCGCCGCUCGGCUGCGUGUCUGCAUGCCACUCGCCCUGCUAGAAGAACCUCUUGGUCGGCCUGCUCUUGUUGCUCUUUUCCUCUGUCUUUUCCUGCACGAGUCUAGCUGGCUCCCUCUCAGUACCAUUCAUCAGACAGACACCAUCACUCUCUCACUUUAGCAAUGGAGGUCAAGCCCGUGGGAUCCUAUCCCGCCUCGGGCAUCGAUGUCCUCGUCGUCGGCACAGGGCUGGCUGGCCUGACGGUCGCCCUUGAAUGCAUCCGCAAAGGGCAUAGCGUCCGCGUCCUCGAGAGGAACGCCGACAUCAACACGGCCGGUGACAUGUACUUCAUGGGCCUCAGCGCGACGCGCUUUUUCAAGCACUGGCCCGAAAUGGCCAAGGAGUACGACCAAAUCUCAAUUCACAAUGCGUGGAUGGAGACGUUCAAGCACGAUGGCGAGCAGAUGAUUGCGCCGAAAAAGGUCGCUGAGCGCCUGCGUGCCGAAGGCCUCGAUCCCGACACGCCGCCCGGUACGUUUCAGAUGCGCCCGCUCGUGUACAAGAUGUUCGUCAACCAGGUCGAGCAGAUGGGCGUUAAAGUGAAGUUCCACCAGCGCGUCGUCGACUACUUUGAGGACGAGGAGAGCGGCCGCGCAAGUGUUGUUACGGACCGCGGCGAGCGCUACGAAGCCGACGUAGUCAUCGCGGCUGAUGGCGUGGGCUCCAAGUCUCAGCGCAUCGUUGGCGGCCAGGUGAAGGCCAUGUCGUCCGGCCGUGCCAUGUGGCGCGCGGCUUUCCCUCUUGAGGAACUUAACAAGAACCCAGAGGUCAAAGAAUUCUUCAAGAUGAUUCCCGGCGAGACGGGUCUCGAGCCUAUCGUGCGCACAUUCCUGGGGCCCGGAACGUACGCGCUCACGCUGACACGACCGGACACGAUGAUCUGGAUCAUGAACCACGACGUCACUGGCACGGAAAAGGAGAGCUGGAGCAACACGGUUGAGGCCGACGAGGUGCUCAAGGGCAUGGACGAGGUGCCGGGACCCAAGAAGUGGGCGCCCAUUUUCAAAGACCUGGUGCGCUUGACACCACCCAAGACGAUCAUUAACUUUGAGCUGCUGUGGCGCAACCCGCAGCCGAGUUGGACUUCGCCGGGCGCACGCAUCAUCCAGAUCGGCGAUGCGGCGCACAGCUUCCUGCCCGCUUCAGGCAACGGCGCGACACAAGCCAUUGAGGAUGCCGUGACUGUGGCGUCGUGCCUGCAUCUGGCUGGGUCGCGCGAGGGCGUGCCCGAGGCCGUACGCGCUCACGCUCGCAUUCGCUUCACACGCAACGCCUGCGCCCAGAAGCUUGGCUUCUCCAACGCCGAGCUGCUCCAGGACACGGAUUGGAGCAAGGUCAAAAUCGAGCCCCGUCGCGCCGCACCCAAGAUGCCCCGCUGGGUCUUUGACCACGACCCCGAGGCCUAUGCGCACGCCAACUACAAGGCUGUCGUCGACGGCAUGAAGCGCGGCAUCCGUUUCGAUGAGGAUGAGAACAUUCCGCCCAACUUCCCGCCUGGGUACCGCUACGAGCCGUGGAACAUUGAGACCAUCAUGAGCGAUAUGCGCGUUGGGAAGCCAAUUGACCUGGGGCCCGGCAACUGGGAUUAGACUGGUUUAGCGAUGGGCGCGCCUUGCUUUUUCCAUUGCAGCAACAACAAUGUACUACCCAGGUACGCGUACUCUGCUGAUGGUCAAUCUUGCAAUAAAGUCGUUUUUUAGGUGCAACUAUCGCCCGAGAGUCGACGUGAUGUGAACCGCCGGGCGAUCAGCAAGUCAGCAGCCAUCCAUUUGUAGCAUGCCACGCGGCGCCCCACCCCCGGCUG